CUCAGCCCGUAGGUCAGCCAGAGAUCUCCCGCAUGAGUCUCUCCGAGUCCAGUGUCCUCGGCGGGGACAGUCUCUUCAUCAUUGGCAAGAACUUCAAGAACAAAGGCACCAGUGUUUUGUUUCAGAAAUUGGACUCCAGUGAGGAAUGUGUGGUCUGGCAGGUGGAGGCAGACAUUGAGCAGGAGUUCUUCCAGCCUACACACCUGAUCUGCAAGAUUCCCCCCUACCAAGAUACAACAGUGGAGCAGCCACAGCUGGCUCAGAUUGUCAUUAGUUGUGCAGGCAAGAGAAGCGACCCCCAGACCUUCACGUACACACCAG